ACAGCAAAACUCUUCGAAUUUGUAAAUUGUUUGCUAUUUGAAUGAAUUUUAAUUUAUUGUUUGAAUAAGAAUUUUGUUUAUUGAAAAACAUAGUUUUUCGUGUACAGUACAGAAUAUAGAAGUUAUUCAUGUUAACAGAAGUUUAUAUCUAAUUCAUAUAUAUUCACAUUUUAUCUAAAGUUUUCUAAAACAUUUCGGUAUUUAGUACAAUAUGCGCAAAGUGAUCUACAUGAAUGAGUGAUACGGCAAGUGAAACAGCAGCAAACGAGCGUACUGCACUUAUGGACGGCCACAUCGCGGAAGCGCGCCCCGAUCGGGACAUAGCAGAAAGAAUUGCUAGAAAGCGGAAAACUAAAGCGGACACUCAGCGAAACUAUGGAACUGUGGUGCAAUCUGAAGAUGGUCCAUCUGGAGCAGCUAGCACAUCAGGCAGUAACGACCAACCACUGGCUUCAGGUGCACAACCUAUGGAAGAAUUGGAACUGAAGUAUGGAGCGAGACAUGUCAUCAAACUAUUUGUUCCUGUCACUCUGUGUAUGAUAGUUGUUGUUGCUACUAUAUCAUCCAUCAACUUUUACUCCGUCAAGGAUGUUUACCUAGUUUAUACUCCAUUUCAUGAAGAAAGUCCAUACGCAGUGACAAAAGUGUGGAAUGCUCUCUUGAACUCUAUAAUCUUGCUGUGUGUGAUAGCUUUCAUGACAGUUCUACUUAUUGUCUUGUACAAACAAAGAUGUUACAAAAUCAUACACGGAUGGCUGAUUUUGUCUUCGCUGAUGUUACUCUUCUUAUUCUCAUAUUUGUACAUUGAAGAGGGCUUAAGAGCAUACAAUAUACCAAUGGAUUAUAUAACUUUAGGAUUUGUUAUGUGGAAUUUUGGCGUUAUGGGAAUGAUGGUGAUUCAUUGGAAAGGUCCACUAAGACUGCAACAGGCAUAUCUAAUUUUUAUAGCUGCACUCAUGGCAUUGGUGUUCAUAAAAUACCUACCAGAAUGGACAACUUGGGCCGUGCUAGCCGUCAUAUCAAUAUGGGAUCUCAUAGCUGUAUUAACUCCGAAAGGUCCUCUGAGAAUUUUAGUGGAAACAGCGCAAGAGAGAAAUGAACCGAUAUUUCCAGCUCUUAUUUAUUCUUCGACUGUGAUGUACUGCCUAGUGGCUGCCGGCACCACGGAAGGCGGUAGUGGUGGAGGAGACAGUGGUGCAGGUGAGGGGCGUCCUCGGGAGCUUCGCCCUCUUAACCCGCACGAGCGCGAGUCUCAGGCGGGCGCAGAAGCGCGGCGGGAGAGCGGGGAGGGCGGAUUCGACGCGGCGUGGGUGUCGCGCGCGCAACACCCGCCCGCGCCGCGUCAGCUGAGGGUGGAGACGACGCCGCCCGGGUACACUACGCGCUUGGAUCGACCGACCGCGCAUCCCGUGCCGCCACACUAUGACGCAGAGGACGAGAAGGGCGUCAAGUUGGGUUUGGGUGACUUCAUAUUCUACAGUGUCCUGGUGGGAAAGGCCAGCUCCUAUGGAGACUGGAAUACCACACUCGCCUGCUUCGUGGCUAUACUUAUUGGUUUGUGCCUCACGCUUCUGCUGUUAGCGAUCUUCAAGAAAGCCCUGCCCGCUCUCCCGAUAUCGAUAACAUUUGGCCUGAUAUUCUAUUUCGCGACCCGGUCCAUCGUGAAGCCGUUCGCGGACGCGCUCGCUGCCGAACAAGUAUUCAUUUAGCCACCGUCUGACAAUUGACAUUGACAGUGACAUUGACAGUUACUGAAAAGACUAACGAUGAUUAAAUAGAUGUAGUAUACACAUGUGAGGAUCGUGUAGAUAAUUUGUAUUUAAGUAGGUUUCGUGAUGAAUUUGUGCAGAAUUCGUCCGACAUAAUAUUUAUUUUGUCUUGAGCUUGAAACGGACAAGUACAUAGUAUAGUAACCGAUAUGUAUAUAAAUAUACUUUAUUACAUUUUAUACAUUGUGUCAACGAAAUAUUACUUGUAACUUCUUCUCUUUUAAUCACAAAGCGCUAGUGAAUUAUCUGAUGAGGCCUAUAAGGUUCAAUUUGCGACCGAUAAUUUAAUGAUUGACCUGGUUUGAAAGUGAUAACUUAUAUUUUAUUUUAGGGAACAAUGACGAAUAGUUUAAAACUAACUUACAUAAUGAAUUUUCAUUUUAUGUACAUUUAACAAAUAUUUACUCUAAAAGGAAUGCCUGGAUCUUAGAUUAGGGAUUAGUCUCCUCUGCGCUCCAACUAGAUACCGCACUACCUAAGAACAAUAGCUUUUUUAUUACGGCAACUAUUAGAUGAUCUUGACACUCAAUGGCAUCUUCCAAAUAUUGUAACACACGCUUCGUGUUAUUUUACAUUGAAAUUAAUAAAAUACAAAAUACUUACUGAUGCGAUGUGAUCCAGUGUCUUUCUUAUAUCUUGUAGUAUUAUUUUUACAAAGUUUUACUACGCAAUACGGCGUUUUAGUUUCAAUUAUUUGCAAAGUUUAACAGACCAUGUGGCAUGUUAACGUUCACAUUGUUCGAGACUGGCCCGAGUGGCUGGGCGUAGUAUUAGUUGCCGCGCUUUGCGACUAUACCUGCGGUAUCUGGUUGGAGCGCAGCGUGGACCAAUCCUUAAUCUAAGGCCCGUAUAUUUAAUUAUUAUGAUAGCUGACACAAUGUUGUCAAACCAUAUUAAUGUUACGUUCUCUUAAAUAUUAUUUAAAGUUAAGAUUUUAUUAACGGUUAGGCUGUUAUCCCUAAGUCGUAUCGGUUCGGGAAAAUAGCAGCCGGUAAUUGAAUGCACAAAGUGGCUGUGCAAGACGAAAAAUUUCUUGCAAAACGCGCGAUUGUAAAAUGCCAGACGUCACCGUAAUGCGGGUAUUUAGCAACUUGACGUAACACCCGGUGGUGGAUUUCGGCUGCUGGAACCCGAACAGCUCUUCUGAACACUCCCCGUGAUAAAUGCGGGAGAAGAUGCCGAGAGAAUCCACAUGAAAAAUAAAAAACGGCGUGUGUACUUAUGUAUGCACGCAAAAAGUUAUAUUUCUUUGGCCAAACGAAGCAAAAAACAUUAAAAUGAUUUAUUAAAUAAUGAAUACGGCUGUUUGGGCUUGAACCCGUUGCCUGUCCAAAUAUUGGACGAAGAAACCAAAAAAAUAACGAAUGACGCAAACGUCAGAAAAUUUUAGGAACCAACUUCACCCUCAUCUUAAAAUUACACUCUCAUCAUUUUUUAUAACGCGCCUAAAGAAGUAUAACUUCAAUAGAUUAAAAAAAAAAACUAAAAAACAAGCUUUUUAUUGUAAACCAUAUUGAAAUGUAGAAAAUUGAAUUCAAAAUCGGUUAUAGAUAAUGGUUGAAAUUUAAAAUAAACAUCAAUUCCAGCUUUAUAAGGCCUAGAGGCAUUAGAUGAAAAAUUGUACAAAUUAACAAAAAUCCUAUUUUACAAAUUGAAAAGUGAAAUAAUACUAAGUUUGAACGAAAUAGGGCCGUUUAAAGUGGGUCGAAAUCUAAAUUAUUCGGUUACAAACAUACAUACAUACAUACAGGUGAAACUAAUAAAAGUGUGUAAAAAUUGAAUUUUUUAUGUGAAUUCUAUGCCUUGGCAGUUCGUCAUUACUUGAUAGUUUAAGAAUUAUUGAAUCCGUGGCAUUAUAUUUCUUAUUAUUAAUUCCGUUAAUGCACGUCAAUUUUACCAGCUAUUUCUUUUCUUUCCCACCAUGUUUUAAUGAAAAUUUUAAAUUCUUAUCUUCAUGUUAAAUCUGUUAGUGGUUUAUGAUUAAGUUAUACUAUGGCGGUAAUCAAAUGGUAUUUCAAUAAUGUUAUGAAGUAAUUAUGUAAUGUACAAUUGUAUAAAAAGAAGUUUACUUUGUACAUGUUAAAUUAUUGCUAAGAUGAAAUAAAAUGUAUAGAUAAUAAGAUGUACGGAUUGGUUUAUCGGAUGGUCUGAGCUCAGAAUACAGUAUAAACUCAAACCGAUAUUUAAGUUUAACCCCAAAAUUCAACAAUAUUGAAUUAAUAUAUCCAUAUAUAUAAAAAUGAAUUGCUGUUCGUUAGUCUCGCUAAAAGUCGAGAACGGCUGGACUGAUUUGGCUAAUUUUGGUCUUGAAUUAUUUGUGGAAGUUCAGAGAAGGUUUUAAAGGUGAAUAAAUAGGAAAAUGCUGCUAAAUGAAAUAAAAACAACAAAUUUGUUUUUCCUUUGAUGUGUCCGUAUAUAAUUUCUAUGAGAGAAUUUAUUGACGCACGGUUUGACAGUUCUGCUGUGAAACAAUUUCAUAACGACAGCUGGGUGCAUAUUUUACGAAGUAAUUGUUGAUGUUAUGAUAUAUUAUUGACAAAUUCAUAUAAAAACAUUAUUUUAUUUAUUAUAUACAGAACAACGUCUGUCGGGUCAGCCAGUCCUAUUAUAAGUUUCUACCCAGGACUUCUUAAAAAUUUCGUAAAAUAAAAAAAAUCUGUAUGCUUUUUUCUACCCCUCACAUUGUUUGUGAAAAAAUUUAAUAAUAUUCUGUAGUGUUUAUACCAAAAAACUGCUCAUGCAAUAAUUUUUUUUGCUAGAAAACAAACUUCACACAUUGUAAGUUUCUAGGCAAUACACAGGAAGAAUUUCAUCAAAAUUGGUCCAGUCACUUUCGUGUCUAAAGACAACGAACACGUAAUAUAAUAUCUAUUUCCUUUACAUCAUUCGCUUCCAACACACUCCUGCUUCAAGAACAAUAUUACCAUCCUCGAAAAUGCUUCGGCUAAUUCGCGACAUUCUCAAUUGAAAUCAGAACUAAUUAGCAACUCGAUGACUUACGCUAUUAUAAAUGAUAGCAGAAUUAUAACCAUAGUUUAAGAAUUUUUCCCGCUAUUUCGACGUUCUCAUACGUCAUACGGGAUGACUGAUGUCAUUAAUGACGUUAGCGAGUAGUAAUAGGUAUCAGUAGAUAUAAGAAAUGACAGGAAGUUAAAAAAAAAUCUCCUGUUUGUCACAAAAUUACUUUAUCACUAUUAAUGGGUAUUUGUAUUCUGUAUUCUGAGGGCCCGACGAGAUAAUGCACAGAAUUUAUUAUAAUCUUAAUGAGACGUAGGAUUGUGAACCGAAACUGUUGAAGACUUAGCUUGUAGAUAACUGUUACAAUGCUUACAUUUAAUUUAUUAAAAAUUAUUAACCUCA